AGUUCUGCCCUCUUGGGGUCCCAUUUCCUUCCACCUGGACCGCUGGGGGCAGCAAGAAGCCCUCCGUCUUCCCCGACGGGUCCGAGGUCCCAAGUUUCUAAGGAGCCAGGAGCACCGACUCCGGUGGGGGCGGAGGGCGGGGAGACGAGGAAAGACGACUGUGACUUUGGGAUUGUUCUGGCCUGCUGCAUGUGGCCCCCAGCAGCAGCCGCCACCCCCGCCCCACAACUGCCGCCGCAGCCCCAGGGGAGCGCGGAGGAGGAGCCGCUCCCCGACUUCGUGGCCCACAAAGGGGUGGGGGUCAGGGGCGGUCUCCCCCGCCGCGUGCGUUCCUGCCCUGACGGCUCAGCCCGCUUCCAGGGCAGCCAUUGCCAUGGAGACCCCCGAGGCUAUAAAGCCAGGUGUGCAGGCUUGCGGCGGCUCCCGCGCCGCUGAGCCCCCCAAGUAAGGAGCAAGCGCCCCGGCGCGGCCCGGCCCCCGCGAGCGGGGAGGAGGCGGAGGAGCGGCGCCAGCAGCUUGAGGAGCGGCGCGCCCCGCCAGGGCUGGAGGCAGGCGCGCUCGGCGGGCGCCACCGUCUCAGCAGGGGAGCGGGGGCUGCCUCGGGUGCGGGUGAGUGGCGCGGCUCCAAGCCACAAGGGACGGAGGGGCACCGGACACGCGGAAAACAGCGGGACAGGCAGAAAGGGGCCGAGCUUUCGCUCUUGUAGUCUUGUAGCGGGCUAGGAGCAGAGCUCAGAGUAGCGAGCAACCUACACUUCCAGGCGGGAAGCUCAGGGAAGGAGCAGCGAGACGCCAGGCGUGCGGCUCAGGAGCGGCGGGGCAGCGGAAGCUGCGGGAGCAAAAGACUGGGAACAUCAGGACCCUCGGCUGCAGCCGCCCACGCGCGGAGAGAGCCAAACCAGAGCACCAGCGGGGCCCAGAGCCCGGCGGGGCGCGGGAACAGGGGCGCCCCCGUGCGGAGCUGCUGGGCCGCCUGGGAGCGGCGGCCGGGGUCAUGCUCAAGCCCAAGGACCUGUGCCCCCGAGCGGGUACGCGCACCUUCCUGGAGGCCAUGCAGGCGGGCAAAGUGCACCUGGCCCGCUUUGUGCUGGAUGCGCUGGACCGCAGCAUCAUCGACUGCCGCGCAGAGCAGGGCCGCACGCCGCUCAUGGUGGCAGUGGGCCUGCCGGACCCCGCGCUGCGCGCGCGCUUCGUGCGGCUACUGCUGGAGCAGGGUGCAGCAGUGAACCUGCGGGACGAGCGCGGCCGCACGGCACUCAGCCUGGCUUGCGAGCGCGGCCACCUGGACGCCGUGCAGCUGUUGGUGCAGUUCAGCGGCGACCCGGAGGCGGCCGACUCGGCGGGCAAUAGCCCAGUGAUGUGGGCAGCGGCGUGCGGCCAUGGGGCGGUGCUCGAGUUCUUGGUGCGCUCUUUCCGCCGCCUCGGCCUGCGCCUCGACCGCACCAACCGAGCGGGUCUCACCGCGCUGCAACUGGCCGCCGCCCGCGGCCACGGGACCUGCGUGCAAGCCCUCACCGGGCCCUGGGGCCGCGCAGCCGCCGCCGCCGCGGCCCGGGGCUCCAACUCCGAUAGCCCUCCUGGCCGUCCGGCUCCCGCGCCCAGCCCCGAGCGUCGACGACCCAGUCCUCGCCGCUUACCUCGGCCUCUCCUGGCGCGCUUUGCGCGAGCGGCCGGCGGCCACGGUCACGGUGGCGAGGCAGGGUCAGGGGGCAAGGGCUCUGGCCGGCACCGAGCGCAGGGCAGCGACAGGCCCGAGCUGGGCCGGAGCAUGAGCCUGGCGCUGGGUGCUGUAACCGAGGAGGAGGCGGCUCGACUGCGGGCAGGAGCCCUGAUGGCCCGACCACAGUCGCCCCAGUCUUCGGGGACCGGGAGGUGGCGUUCGCAGGAGGUGCUGGAGGGAGUGCCUCCGACCUUAGUGCAAGCCCCCAUUGGCCUUAGCCCCUACCCGGAGGGCGGCCCCGGCUCUGGCCGUUUGGGUUUGCGCCGACGCUCUACAGCUCCAGACAUCCCCAGCCUGGUCGGGGAGGCACCAGGGCCCGAGAGCGGCGCAGAGUUAGAGGCCAACGCUCUGCCCCAUUCGGGGCCUGGGCCUCAGCCUUGGCAGGCAGGCACAGAGGCCAUGGUGCUGCACUCUCAGCGGUAAACAGCAUGGAGGUUGAGCCCUGCUCCCCCUGCUCUUAAUGUCUCGCCUCCACUGGGAUUUCUCUCUUCCAGGUCCUUCAUUUAACUGGCAGUUUCCCGGCCUGUGAUCCAGAACCUGUCCCCCACUACCAAGGCAAGACCUUUACCAACCCUCUCUCUGAAAAGAGCCCCUAUUUUAUUUCUUUUUUGUGCUUGUUGGUAUUCCCUGCCUAGGUCUCUCGCCUUCCCUACAGCCUACCUUUCCUGUCCUGGAAGAGGAAGAGUAGAAGACUGGUUCCACAUGCUACAGCCCUCCAGCCAGGAAGAUGGACCCCCUACUCUGAGCCCUAAGGCUCAGUUCUGAGUCUUGCGGGACUCCUGCCCCGACACUUCCUCCUGGCCAGUCUCCCACACCCUAGUAGGCAGGCAGCUGAAGAGUUGACUUGUAGAACAAAGGCCUAGCCUCCCCGCUCUGCGUAGUGAUAAGACAGUAAUUCUGCACGUGACCUAAGUCUCCCUUCCUCUUAAGUGUUGGAGAAGGAGAGCAAGGAGACUGGCCUCUGAGCCCUUCUGGACAGGAGGGCUGAUUGUGAAGGAGUCUGAAGGUUACGUUUUUUCUGGGGAGAAACUUCUGCCUCGAGACAAUGAGAGCAUAUUUGGGGGUGGCAGAGGCCUUGGUGUUGAAUGCUGGUUGUCUGCUGAAACAGCUCCUGGGUGAUUCCAGCUCCCUGUGCCUCUGGCCGACCCAGGAUUCAACUUCAUUGAUGAUGGAGGGUCAUUGCCCCACACCAACCCCUACCCAGCCCAGCUCCCAGCACCUGAGCCAGCCUGUACUUCAGCUCGGGGGCAUUUGAGUUUUAUCUUUGAGGUCGUGUCCCUCGUGAUCCAGCCUUACUUCUGCUAACUGUUAGAGGCCUGAAAUGAAAGGACUUGGCACUUCCCCGCCCCCACCACCUCCCAGCUCCCCUGGUCCGGCAUGUGGGUGCCAUGUGGGUGCUCCCGCAGGGUGGAACGGUUGCGAAGGCUUGGCUUAAUUGUAUUUCUUCCAAUCCUCAAAGAACUCGUGUUUUGAGUCUUUGUAUAUGAAGCAGAAAGCAGCGGGUCUGAUCCGAGGCUUAAGAACCUGACAAUGUCUCUUUAAAUAGAAGCUCUGCGAGGGGGAUAAUUGACUGAAGUGUUUGCCACGUUGAACGGCGGCGCGAGGGAGUCGGGAAGCCCACACGAGCCGCAGGUCCGGGUUUAAAUUACAUCAAACUCUGGCGAGAGCUGGAAGGGGGCUGUUAAAGGGCUCCUGCUUCUCGCUGGGCUGUUAAUGGAGGGCAGGGCGGAUGGUAGAUGCUGGAGGUCGAGACCAAGGACCCCUGCCUCUGCCCCAGCGCGUGGGACGCAGGCCGGGCAAAGCUUCAUUACUGGCAGAUUAGUGAGUCAGAGGCAACCGUGGAGAGGUGGUUAAAAGCCCUUUUCCGGCGUGGUCCUUCCUCUCCUCCCCUCCCCUGCCUCCUCUUUGUGUUGGCCUAAGAGGGGGAUUCUAGGAGGUCGGGUGAACGCGUGCCCUAGGACCCUGCGGAAACCCUAGCACAGGCACCUGUGCGCCUAGCCCGCGUGAUGGCUGCGCUUGGGGGCUUUUUUUGUGAACCCCGAAGGUUGAGCGUGCAGCGCCUCACCCGUCUGAGGUGGGGGCUUUUCAAGGCGUCGAUCUAAAACGCCUUUGCAGAACGAAAGGUUUCUCACCAUAACUCUAAGGGGACUGUCCAGAGAGAAUGAUCUCUGCUGAGAAGUUGGGUCGGGGCGGGGGGAUGGGGAUGGGGUGAGUGGGCGUUGUAUAGAUGUCAGACACCUUCCCCAUCCUUCUGCCCCUCAAAAGUGCAGCCACCCCACUCCACCCCGCACUGGACGUGAUCUCUGGUGCCCCCUGGUGGCUACCGCUGCGCCUACCUCGCGGCGCCCUGGCUCGGAGUUGAGACUUUUUCUGGUUUCACUUGGGAUCACGGCAAUGUACUUCUCCCUCCGUGUGCAUUUACCCAUGGACUCCCCUUACUCUUGUAGUAUAUUAAAUCCGGAUACUUGAAGCCAUUUCCCAGCAGUGGAGUGAGGGACAGUAAACAAAAAACCCGGAUUUGGAGUAGCAGGAGCCCAGACCCUUCUUCACUAAGGACCCCAAGAUCUUCCAAAUUAAGGCUCCCAAGUCCAGAGAGUUCCUGCUCUCUUCUGAAAAACAGGGGCUUCCAACCCCUUCUUUAUAAUUUCUGAACCUUGGGACCUGCAUUGUUUUCUUCUGAUGAGAUUUGCUUUCGUUUUGGGUGUGUAUUGCCCUCCCCUCAUUCCUUUCUCCCCAGACAUCUGCCUCUCCUUAGUCCCACUGUCUGGGUGGUGGGUGAAGGAUACAGAAGCACCUGAAAAGCCAGGUGGAGAGGAUCUGGGGUGGGAUGGGGGAUAACUGGACAUCCCAAGCACAAACUCUUGCCCCCCCCGCCCCCCACUCCGGCCGAUCCCUGCUUGUUCACUUAUUCCCUUUCUGACUGUGUUUAAUUUCCACGGUGUUUUUAAUGGUGUAAGAAUACAAGUAUUUUGACCUUCAAAACACUGUAAGGUCUGGGGUGAACAUUAGGUUGAUGGUGCUGUCAUCUUUCAAAUGUUGCUGACCUGUGGCUUUCUGGUUGAAUGUCACCCUGGGCCUUCCUUAUUGAGUAAACAAUCACGAGGGCUCCUCUCCACGGAGGUGCCAAGGGCUUGGUGGUUGAAAGUAUUGUUUCUAAAAGACCACAGCAGAUCUUUCCUGUCUGCAAUGAACUGUGUGUGACUGACUUUCUGUUCUUGCAGAUUACUUACUAGUCCCAGCUCUGUGCAAAACUUCUACAUCUCAGCACAUUUUGCUCUCCUGCACUUCCUUCUCUUUGUCAGCCCCCAGGCAUUGAGGCUGGGGUCCUCUCUAGCUCGCUCACUUUAGAAGAGACCUUUCUAAACAGUUUUCUUUUCCAAUCCUUGUUGCUUUCAUCGUUGUGAAGAGUCACACAGGCCACUGGAGUUCAGUACCCUAACAUCAAACUCAGAACUAGGCUGCAUGGGAGGCCAAAUGACGUCUGCACACGCUUUUGGAAUGACACUGGGCGGUGGAAGGACUAUUAGAACUCAGAAGAAUAGUUAAUAAAUCCAGUAUUAUUCAGUUGCAAGAACUGGCCUCUCUUUGCCUCGCCAACUGCUCCUGAUUCUGGGCUCCCUAUGGAGGGACAAGAGGGUGUGCUUGCUUCCUGUGAAGGUUCUGCCUUCUGUCAGCCUCCAUCCCUGCCUGUUCCACCGUGCGCUGUGGCCGCCUCCUGAAGGAAGGACUCAGGUACUGCUUCCAACUGAGCUGGUGGGACCAGGGCCCUGAGACCAGGGCAGCUCUCCGGGUGGGGCUG